AUGACGAAGACGAAACGACUUUCUAUAAGAAAGAAGAAGAGAACUUGUGUCAAAUCUCUUCAACAUCAACAACAACAAUCGUUUUCUUCUACAAAUUCAAUUAUAAUUGCAGAACCUGACUUUGAGUUUUACUUACCAGAUGAGUGCUGGGAGCAUGUCUUCACAUUCCUCGUCAACCCGGUCAAGCCGGUCAAUCCAUUGGCUAUCAUCAAGCCGUCUAACCCGUUUCAUGUCUUCCCAUUCCCCACUGACCCCGUAUACGGCAAAAUCAAAGACAAAUACAAACGCAAUUUUGAAUCUCUAUCUCUCGUCUCAAAACACUUCCUCGCCCUCACCAACCGUCUCAUAUUUUCUCUCAAAAUAUAUUAUCCACAACUUUUUUAUCUCCCCCGUUUCUUCCAUAGAUUCUCCAACCUUAAUUCCCUUGACCUCUGGUUCGCCUCCCAUUAUCUCGAUGCAGGCCUUGCCUUGGCUCUCCGUGACAGAUCAUCAUUGAGAUCUUUAUCUAUUUCCUUGUUUGAGUUAAAUGAUGCAAAGUAUGUAACUUCUCAUUACAUUGAUUCCUUACUGAGUUUGAAGUGUUUGAAUUCUCUUAAGUUUUGCUGUUCACAAAUCUCGGAUGAUUUGCUUUACUCUAUUGCAAGACAAGGCCUUCCUUUAAAGACUUUUGUUCUUGAAAAUUGCACCGGCUAUAGUUUUCAUGGAAUUUAUGAUUUAUUAUCUAAGUGUCGCGGGAUAAGAUAUUUGGGUCUUCAAGGUGAUGAUUUUCUAAAUAAUCAUCUUGUCUUCCAAUUGUUUUUGCUUGUUCCAGAUUUAGUAUCUAUAAACCUUAGUAAAUGUUCCAAGCUCACAGGAUUAGCUUUGUUCGCCCUCAUUAAAAACUGUCAUUCACUUGGUGAGAUCACAAUGGAAAGCAUAUAUAUUGAAUCCUCAAUGGAAAACGUAUAUAUUGAGAGCAAGAGUGUAGAAAAUUAUGAUAUUUUGAAAGAUUUUGAUGUCAACCCUCAAUUAAAAUUUCUAUAUUUGUCUCAGUCUUCAUUUAUAAAUGACGAGACCAUCCUAUUGUUUGCUUCAUUCCCAAAUUUGCAGCAUUUGGAUUUGAGUUUUUGCCAUAGCCUAUCUGAAAAAGGUAUUUGUCAAGUUUUAAGUAGUUGUUGUAAGCUUAGACAUCUGAAGUUAAUCUUCUGUAAAGUGAGAGGACUAAAAUUGAACUUUGUAGUUCACCAACUAGAGGUGUUAAACUUAUCUUGUACAAGUGUUGAUGAUAAAACACUCUAUGAGAUCUCAAAGAGUUGUUGUGGGCUUUUGAAAUUACUAUUGAUGUGUUAUGAAUAUGUCACGAAAAAGGGAGUGAAGCGUGUGGUUGAAAACUGCAAACAAUGUCUUGUGAUAAAGUGA